AUGUAGAAUGGCGAAAUAAUUUAUAAAAGUGUUUUAGUGCGCUGGUGAUAAUCGUGGCAUACAACUCGGUUAGCGGCUAUGCAUCAGUAUUUUUCGUUAUCGAACACAAUUAGAGAAAUUUUAUAUUACUUCUGAAGACGCGGCAUCGGUAAAUCAAAACAACAGGCAUAUAUGAACUGUGUCGAACUGCAGAAUAUUUCAUAAUAUAUUAAUCAAAAAACAGCAACAACAACAUUUUUGUGUCAAAAAAUACAAGAUAUUGAGUGCAAAUUAUAACAAACACCAACUUGUUUUCGUAAGUUCGUAAUGAAAAAUAGAGGCAGGCUGAAAAGUGCAUCGCCAGCAAUUCAAAACAGCAGCCCCAUCUCCCCCAGAACUAAUACCAACUCUGAGUUUAACAUCAGAAACACCUGCAACAGUCCCAUUCCCAUCAUUAGUAGCGCGGCAAAUGGUACCACUAAUAGCAGUAUCACCAGCGGAAACGGAAGUGGAAAUGUCAACGAUGGCGUAAGCAGCAUUUCCAGCAGCCCUGUGGACAUUGAGAAAGGCACUGGCAAUCUGACAUUGACAAGAGCAAUGCAACUUCACAAAUCCAACGUGCAAAACUCGUCGCCCAACAGUUUCAACACCACAAAUGGCCAUCAGCCCUAUCCGUCGAUAACGUCCACAUAUUGGCUGCCGCCGCCAAAUACGGCGCCAUAUUUAGUUCCAGAGCGCAAACUUUUCGUUGGCAUGUUGAACAAAAAAUACAAUGAAGCAGAUGUCAGGCAGUUGUUCACAGGCCACGGCACCAUCGAGGAGUGUACAGUGCUUCGCGAUCAGAAUGGGCAGAGCAAAGGCUGUGCCUUUGUGACGUUUGCAACGAAGCACAAUGCCAUUGGAGCAAUUAAG